UUCAUUCAAACAUCUCACAAACUAGAAACACAAUGGAGAGAACCUAAUCUUUCUUGGUUCCUCCCUUUUGCCAGGAAGAUAUGAGUAGCUGAAGUAUUUGGUGCUAUAUAUAGUCAGUUGAUGUCAGCUGGAUGCCAGUCUCUUCAGAAAGGCUCAGUCCCCAGUUUGAGUCAGAGCUAGGGACCAUGCUAUCCCAGGCUCAAGGAUAAAAACCAUCGGGCCCAAGUGCCAUCCAUAUUCCAUCUCCAGUCUUUCCUCCACAAAUCAGGAUUCAUCCUUCCUGAAAAGCACGGUCUAAGAGCAAGGGAGGGAACAAAAAAAUCAUGCUAUCACAUAAUACCAUGGUGAAGCAGAGGAAACAGCAAGCAUCAGCCAUCAUGAAGGAAAUCCAUGGAAAUGAUGUAGAUGGCAUGGACCUGGGCAAAAAAGUCAGCAUCCCCAGAGACAUCAUGUUGGAAGAAUUAUCCCAUCUCAGUAACCGUGGUGCCAGACUAUUUAAGAUGCGACAAAGAAGAUCUGACAAAUAUACAUUUGAAAAUUUCCAUUAUGAAUCUAAAGCACAAAUAAAUCACAAUAUUGCCAUGCAGAAUGAGAAAUUGGAUGGAAGCAACUUGGAAAGUGGUUCACAGCAAGCCCCAUUUACUCCUCCUAACACCCCGGAUCCACGAAGUCCCCCAAAUCCAGAAAACAUUGCACCAGGAUAUUCUGGACCACUGAAGGAAAUUCCUCCUGAAAGAUUCAACACCACAGCUGUCCCUAAGUACUACCAGUCACCCUGGGAACAGGCCAUUAGCAAUGAUCCAGAGCUUUUAGAGGCUUUAUACCCUAAACUUUUCAAGCCUGAAGGAAAGGCAGAACUGCCUGAUUACAGGAGCUUUAACAGAGUUGCCACCCCAUUUGGAGGUUUUGAAAAAGCAUCAAAAAUGGUUAAAUUUAAGGUUCCAGAUUUUGACCUGCUACUUCUAACAGAUCCCAGAUUCAUGGCCUUUGCCAAUCCUCUUUCUGGAAGACGGUCCUUUAAUAGGACUCCUAAGGGAUGGAUAUCUGAGAAUAUUCCUAUAGUGGUAACAACUGAACCUACAGAGGAUACCACCAUACCGGAAUCAGAAGACCUAUGAAAAGAAAGUUGUAUGUGACACAAAAACCUGUAAACGUGAAUUUUGCUGUUUUAUUAUUCUACUUACUUGCAAAGCCACUUACACUCUUCAUUAGUAGCAAUAAUUUAAUAGCAAUUUAGCAAUUUUCCUUUUAUGACAUUUAAUUUCAAUCUCAGAUCAAAAUCUAAUAAAUAAUUAAAAAUCUUAUUUUAAAACCUUUUAA